AUGGCGAGCCCUGCGAAGCCCCAGCCUCCGCUCAAGGAGCCAACGCUGCCGACCAAGAAGGAGGAGGGGAGCGGCAGCGCCGAUGAGGACCCGACGCCGAAGUACUUCGCCGUCAAGCGGACCAAGAAGUCGCUCCUGAUGCAGCGCAAGUCCCUCCAGGACGAGGAGCCGGCCCUGAAGCUGGACGGCGUGGUGGUGCUGGCGGGCGUCCUCGGGCUGCUGUUCUUCCUCAUGUGGUUCACCUGGUACCUGCUGCCGCGAGGCUGGGCCAUGCCGUGGUACCGCGUCGCCAUGUGGACCGUCCUCUUCUUCCCAGCAGGUGUGUACGCGAAGUGGUACCAGACGAAGCACAACAUCAAGAAGAAGGAGCACUCGAACGCGCUCCAGCUGCGCCCGGGCCGUGGGUUCUGCCUCGCUCUGCUCGGGGAGGCCCCAAGCUGGGUGAAGUUGACGUCCGAGGAGCGCCCCGAGUGGCUGAACUCCGCCGUGAAGCAGCUCUGGCCCUUCUACGACAAGGCCAUCGCGCAGCAGAUCAAGGAGCAGGUCGAGCCGCUGCUGGAGGAGUACCGGCCUUCGUCCGUGCGCAGGAUCUACUUUGCGCGGCUCACGUUCGGCGGCGCGCCGUUCCGCUUCGAGACCGCGAGGGUCUCCUCGCGCACGGACAAGGAAGUCUGCCUCGACAUGCGGAUGACGUGGGCCGGCGACACCGACAUCCAGCUCAACAUCGAGACCCCGAUCAAGAAGAUCACGAAGAACGCGGACGGCGAGAAGCAGUACGCGACCAUGGUGGUCAAGAUCCAGGACAUUUCUCUGAACGCGUCCGUCAAGGUCAUCCUCACGCCGUUCGUCCCGAUCAUCCCCUGCUUCGGCGCGGCGCUCGUGUCCAUGUCCGAGGCGCCCGUCAUCAAGUUCCGGCUCGCCUUCACCGGCGGGGCCAUGUUCCAGGGCAUGAUCACCGACUUCCUGGACUCGUUCAUCAAGGACACGCUCGCGACGAUGAUGGUGUGGCCGCAGCGCAUCGUCGUGCCCGUCCUCGCGGCCGAGGACAUCCCGGGGGGGCUCGACCAGUUCACCCUGUCGGUGCGCGGGGUGCUCAAAGUGCGGCUGAUCGAGGCGCGCGGGCUCGGCGGGGGCCUGUCGUUCGACGACGACGACGAGGAGUUCGGCGAGCGCGCGCGCGGCAGCGACACGGAGACCGUCGAGCAGUCGGCGCCCAGCAGGGGUCUCUUUGGCCGCCUCAAGGAGAAGACCAAGAGCGGCGCGAGCCAGCUGGCGAGCGGCGCGAGCCAGCUGAAGAGCGUGGUGGCCAAGGGGACGAUGCGGCCGCACGUCGAGAUGUACGUGCGCUCGCUGCGGAAGGUCACCUCGACCACCAAGGACGGCUCAGCCCCCAAAUGGAACGAGACAUACCAUUUCUUGGUUCAGGAGCCCGAGUCCGAGUCCCUGCGGCUCACGUGCGCGGUCUCGACCAUGUCGGGGCGCGAGAAGUUCGUCGGGCGCGGCAUGCUGCACAUCCGGCACCUGCGCGACGAGGCCUCUCUGCAGUGGACAACGAAGAAGUUGUGGGUCGACCUGGGCGAGCAGGAGUGGCGCGACGGGUGCGGGCGCGGGCGCGGGCAGCUGCUCGUCGAGGCGCUGUACAUCCCGAAGGACGAGUCGCGGAAGCCGACGAACAUCCGGCUGGACCAGCAGCGCGGGGCGCUCCUGGCGACAGUGCGGUCGGUCAAGGACCUGCCGAAGAUGGACCUGACGGGGUGGUGCGACCCGUACUGCGUGCUCCAGAUCGGGAGCGACAAGGCGACGCGGCGGAAGACGUCGGUGAAGAAGAAGUGCAAGGAGGCGACCUUUGACGAGAAGUUCGAGUGGUUCGACAUGGUGGCGUCGUCGACGCUGACGCUCGAGGUGCUGGACAAGGACAAGCUCGACGUGGACGACACGGUCGGGCAGGUGGACAUCCCGCUCGAGCUCGUGGCCACCGCGCCCGGGUUCAAGCUCAGCAAGACCUUCUCGCUGCAGUGCAAGAAGGCCGACACCACCGUCAGCGUGGACUUCGAGUGGCUGCCGUUCGCAGCGUGA